GGCUCGCCCCCGACGCCGCCGCCGGCGCCGUCCGCGGCCCCUGCCCGAUGCUCAACUCCCUCGCCAACCACGGCUACCUCGCCCGCGACGGCAAGUCCAUCUCCAUGCAGGACCUCAUCGCCGGCCUCGGCUCCGCGCUGCACUUCAACGAGUCCCUCGUCCGCACCCUCGGCACGCCCGCCUUUGCUACCUCCACCACCGGCAACGCGAGCACCUUCAACCUGGACGACAUCGCCAAGCACAACGUCAUCGAGCACGACGGCAGUCUCUCCCGCGCCGACUUCGCCGUGACUGGCGACGCAAAGACCUUCAACGAGACCGUCUGGGCCGAGACCAAGGGAUACCUUGAGACCGGCGCCGCUGCUGCGUCGGACAACAAGGUCGGCGUCGCGACCAUGGCCUCCGCGCGCAGCAAGCGCAUUGCUACCGCCCAGGCGACGAACCCCUCCUUCAACUUGACGACCAGUCAGGUCACUGUUUCUCUGGGCGAGUCAGCCGUCAUCCUCGGCACUAUUGGACAGAGCUACACUGCGCCUGCUGCGCCGGUUGAGUGGUUGAAGGUUGUCUUUGAGGAGGAGCGUCUGCCGUUCAACGAGGGGUGGAACACCUCUGCCGAGGUGAUUACCACCGCUCAGGUCCUCGGUCUGUCGCAGCUCAUCGCUACCAGCGGAAGCAGCUAAGCUUGAGCUUUUCUGGUGCUUGGGUUAGAAUAGAAAUAAAUGCGUCAUGUUUAACGAUUUCAAGUCAAUGUCCCGGAGUAUUCGUGAUAUCGCAAGUAAUGAUGUUAGGUCCCAAUUCGUAUCUGUCGGCAGCCCUGCGGCAUCGUCGCAUUAUUCGAUGAAAUGGAAUGUCUAUGCCGAACGGCAAUCUUCAUGCUGCUUGGCAGCAUCUUCGUUAUCGGUAAAACUUUUC